CAGCCGCCGAGCGACCGUAUCUCGUUGCCGGCCGCCGCAGUGAGUCUACCGAUCUCCGAGACCGCGUUACGACAAUAAUAAAAUAUUUCUUUUUUUUUUCGAAUACGAUGUUCUCGUUGUUUACACGCACCACGCACGCACACACACCUCUGCGCUGAUAGCGAGUUGUAGCGACUGACGCUGUUUGCGCGCGACCAAUCUUUUACAUUAUCGUUGUCGUGUACACCUCAGUGACUCAGUGGUUAUCGUCGGUAUUCCGAUACCGCAAUAUUGUGUGCUGCGUUCCGUCUGUUGACGAUAAUAUUACGUCAAUAAUCGCCGCCGCCGUCCGUAUUAUAAUAAUAUUAUUAAUUUCGCGCGCCGCUGCCGUUUACGAAUCGAUCGGGCUCCGCCGCCGCCGGAAUUGAUGCUGCCCGUCAUCCGAGUGCGAUCGCCGCGUCCCCUCUGUCGUCGUCGUCGUCGUCGUCGUCAUCGUCCUCUUCAUCCUAUCGUGCACGGCCGUCCGCUGUAAAUGCUUUGUUAUGAAGAUAUGGUGACGUAGCUGGUUGUUCGUGUUCAAUACACUCCUGGAGGAUGCUUGUUUCAAACCUCAUUCAUCGUAUUUGGAUAAUAUGGGCCACCGUUAUUGCAGUGUGCACCUGUGUUCCAGUACCAUGUCCUCAAGAUACAUGUACUUUGCCUGAUAAUAAGGACAAUCAAUGUAGAGAUUUAGAUGCAUACCUUAAGUGUAUGAAAUCAUUAUCGAAGAAAUGCCGUGGUGACAUUGGGUAUCAUUCAGCUAUUACGGUAUCAAAUUCAGAGUUCAAAAGGAAAUGCAUCGGCAAUGAAGAUUUCUCCAGAAAUAAUAGCGGUGAAAAUUCCCAAAUGGUACCAUCAACUCACAAUGGACCUGCUUGCCCAUUGCUAUUUGAUGACAAAAAACCACACCGGUUUUGUGGCUUGUUUGGUGAUCCUCAUUUGAGGACAUUCGAUGGCCGAUAUCAAACUUGCCGAAUUCAUGGGGCUUGGCAAGUGAUCGAGAAUCCAUUUUUUAGUAUCAUGGUAACCAAUGACGCCAUUUUAAAUAGCACAACAGCCACGGCUCCAACUAAGUUGACUGUCAUGUUAAAAGCACAUAAACCUGAGUGUACUCCGUACAAAUUGUACGAAGCACAAGGAGAUCUUCAGUUGCCAGAUAAAUUUGAAGAUAGUACCACUUCAUCUGGACCAGCUUCAUCGCCAACUGUUUCCCUUUCCUGGCGCUCCAAUGACCCCAACAGUGCCAACAGUGAGACAGUAAUCAUACGAUUAUCGUAUAUUUCUACAAUUAUAACUGUGACCCGUGUUGGAAAAUAUCUGUCCAUUUCUGCUAAAUUGCCAGACCAGUUAGCGCAAGUAUUUGAUCAAGACAAGAAUGUAUUAUGUUCUACUGGUUGUCCAACUUCUGAACAAAUAGAUAUUAAACAAGUCACAAUAAGUGAAUUAGAUCGUGGGUUGACAUUAUGUCACAACAGUAUUGGGCCCACCGGUCACAAACUAACUGAUCAGUAUUUAGAUUGGUGUGUGUUCGAUAUGAUGACUUCUCACGAUGAACAGUUCAUCAAUGCUUCACAUGCAGCAUAUUCUGAUGUAUUGUUUUUUGAACCACGCUCAUUGUUUAAUAGAACGGUUAGUGUAUUUGAGUUUAACCCCGAUUCAACAGCUGAUGCCAAUUGUACACAUAAAUUAAACUUAUUUAUUCUCACUAUCAUUGCAUUGUACAACUUUCUUUGAGUGUUCCUAGUAUUGUAGCUUAAGAAGACACCAUACCUUAAUUUAUUGUCUCUACCUUACGCACGUCCAACAUCACAACAAUUCAUAUUCUAUGUAUACUAUUUUCCUUUACAAAUGAUACUAUACUUAAGUUUAAACUAUACGUGCUUAAAAUAAGACAUUUUAAAGUCGAGGUAAGACUUUUUAAGUAUUAAGUAUAUUUUUUCUGAUAAUAUACUUUUUAUUUUUAAUAGACAAUAGUUUAGUUUUCCUGCCAAUAUUUAUUUAACGAAUUGAUUAACUUGUUAAUCUCAAUUCUAUAUAUUAAAAAAACCCAAUAACUUAAUUUAUAUUGCUAUGAAUCUACAUUCUUAUAUUUUUACACUUUCUAAUUUAUUGACUUUUAUUUCAAAGUGUUAACAAAUGUAAUAAUGAACAAACACAAAUGUCCAUAAUAUUUUUUUACUUAAAUUAUUUUAACAUACUAAACAAUGUAAUUUAGAUUUUGGCUAUUUUGUAUUAAAUAAGUUAUUUUAUAUAACUUAAUAAUAUAAGUGUAUUGCAACCGGAAUAUUAUCUCUUAAAUGUAUAUACAGUAGUUAAUUUUCUAACUUGAGAGUUUAAUGUGUUGCUAUAGUUGUAUGGAGUAAAAAAGAAUGUAAUAUCAUUGCGGUUUUUUCUAAUACAUCGGUAGGCCAUGCUGGCCAAUUGUGUAUUUUAAAAAAAAACGUUACCAUUUUAUUGUAUAAAUCAGUGUAAAAAGAAAACAAAUAA